UUCUUUAUCCGAUUUGUAGGCCUUAGUUUGAUAAUAAUUUGCACUCCCUUCUAAUCAUCUUUUUCUCUUGCCUUUCCAUUUUUUCUCUGCAAUUAUUUUUUUCUCACUAUUAAUGAAUGCUUUAGUUUUGAAUAAUUUUGGGCAUGCAUAGUAUGUAAUCUUAAUUAUUUAGCCUGAUCUAAAACUUAACUAUUACAACCAUUCUGCUAUCCAACAUCACACUGCAGCCAUUUCAGGAUCAACCGCACGGAAUUGUUAACUGAUUUAAAAGGAAUAUUGUUUUUCCUGUAUGUGAAGCAAUAGAUAAACAAUAUUUUGAAAACCAAAAUCAAAGCACUUGUUAAAACAUUUUUGAAGAUUGGGUCAUUGUCUCCUUCAUUUCCCAGCACCUCCUACUUAUACAAUUUCUUUCAUCUCAUGGUACUAAUAUUGUUGUCUGUUUAUCCUUGUCAGGUGUGUAAAAAUGGUUCAUUUCACUUGCGAGGAAAUGUGUAUGUACAAUACAAAGCUUUGGAUUCUGCGCUGCUCGCAGCAAACUUAAUAAAUCGUCACGAUUUUACCGGAAAACGGGUAACUUGUCAAUUUGUUAACUUGACAAGAUGGAAGGUUGCCAUAUGUGGCGAGUAUAUGAAAUCGGGUUUCAAGACUUGUUCUCGCGGAACAGCAUGCAAUUUUAUUCACUGUUUUCGUAAUCCUGGUGGAGACUAUGAAUGGGCUGAUUCUGACAAACCUCCCCCAAAAUUUUGGGUAGAAAAGAUGAUUGCUUUAUUUGGUUAUUCUGAUGAUUAUGAGACUUCAAGGGAGCAGGGAAAUUUUAGUUUGUCAAAAACAGAUUCUGACAGGUACCACUGUAGAAGGUCAAGAUCCAGAGAGACGGAUCAGAUAAGUUGUGGUCAUUCUGGUAGAAGAAAACAUGAAGAUGAAAGAAAGCAAAGAACUCCGUAUGAGGAUCGGAAUGCUAGCUUAAAAAACACUCAUAAAAGAAAAUCCAGAGGCAGAACUCCUGAUACUGAUUCUGACAGAGAAUGGUUAGAAAAGGAGGAAAUUAGGGAAAGACGCCAUGAAUACACUAGGAAUGGCUCAUUUAAUAAGAACAGGGAUGAAAAUAGCAGAAGCCACGAAGAGGAUUCUGAUAUGGAUUGUGAUACUAGGGACAAUGAAAAGCAGCAUGGAAGAAACCCAAGAAAGUGCGACAAAGACAUCAGGGUCUGGAUUAAUGAGGCUGCUGGUUUGGAUGGGGACAGAGAUGUGAGAAAGCACCGUAUUAGGGAAAGCUCAGGACAUCAGAGUGGUGACGCUUCUGAAUCCAACAAAGAUUUGUUUGGUAGAGUGGAGAUGGAAACACUACAUGAUCACUUUAGGAAAACAUAUAGUCACAGAAGAUCGGGUGUUCAGGUGUCUGUAAAAGGAAGAGAUCAAAACGGCAAAGUUGAUAGAGACGGGUCCCGGAAGGACAGUUACAAACGAGAUCAUCACAAAAGGAAGUGAUCAAUAAUAAGUGAUAAAUACACAGAAGAAUUUGAUUCCCAUCAGUGUGGAGAGCAGCAGAGAGUGGAUAUCAAUUGGUGGAACUAAUCAUACUUAGAAUUUUUGUCCCCAUGAAAGUUUAGUGUAUUUUAUUUUUACAUUUCUUCCCAUAUUUAUUCUUUUUUUUUUUUCCUAAACCUUCCGCUUUUUCUAUUGAUGAUAUAUCUACGAAUAUUAAAAUCCCUC